UAUUCUAACUUAUUGAGUGGGUCGGGAAUAGUUUUUCCUCUCCAUUUGUAGUAAUGCAUCUUCUUACACACACGAUCUUUGGGGCUCCGCUCGCCGCCCUUCAGUUCCGCCCAGAAGGGAAAUGACGCCGGUGCAGAAGAUGGAGUCCGUAAAUCCUGUAGGCUGCCGUGGUUCUGGAGCCGUCUAAUUCAGAGCCGUGUCGGGGGGUCCUUUCGUCCGGCAGAUGGAUUACCGUCGGGAUCCGGCAGUUCACCGCUGCCCGCCUCUCUCCUGAUCCCGGAGCUGAACCCCCAACUUCAUGUCCGACGGAGCCAGAGCUGCCUGGUCGAAGAGGGGUUGUGGGGAUUCGCACCGCCGAGAACCGGGGAAACAUAAACACAGGAAAUGCGAGCGGCCUCUUAGCGCUCAGCCGUCACAGCCUGCGAUCGUUCGGCCGGGCUCCAAAAGGUGUGUUAUGUCGGGGGGAGAUGUGGAGGUGUACCUGUCCCAGGUGCAUGAUGGGAGCGUGUCGUCGGGUUUCCGUGCUCUGUAUGAGGAGCGUCUGCUGCUGGACGUCACGCUGCUGAUAGAGGAGCACCACUUCCAGGCCCACAAGGCGCUGCUGGCCACGCAGAGCGACUACUUCCGGGUUAUGUUCACGGCCGACAUGCGGGAGCGGGACCAGGAUAAGAUCCACAUGAAGGGGCUGACGGCCGCCGGCUUCGGCCACAUCCUGCGCUUCAUGUACUACGGCUCUCUGGAGCUCAGCAUGCCCACCGUGCAGGAGAUCCUGCAGGCGGCCAUGUACGUCCAGCUGACGGAGGCGGUGGAGUUCUGCUGCUCCUUCCUGCUGGCUAAGAUCUGCCUGGAGAACUGCGCCGAGGUCAUGCGCCUCCUGGAGGACUUCAGCGUUGGCGUGGAGGGCGUCCAGGAGCAACUCGACAACUUUCUCCUCGACAACUUCGUCCCUCUGAUGAGCCGAGCCGACUUCCUGUCCUACCUCAGUCUGGAGAGACUCCAGGCCUACCUGAACAGCGACGCUCUGAGCCGCUACCCGGAGAUCGAGCUGUACGAAGCCGUCCAGGCGUGGCUGAGACACGACCGGCGGCGCUGGAGGCACACCGACACCAUCGUGCAGUCCAUCCGCUUCUGUCUCAUGACGCCGGCGGACAUCUUUGAGAAGGUGAAAACGUCGGAGUUCUACCGGUACUCCAGGCAGCUGAGGCAGGAAGUGGACCAGGCGCUCGGAUAUUUCCACGACGUCAACCAGCAGCCGCUGUUGGAGACGCGCUCCAACCGCAUUCGCUCCAUCCGGCCGCAGACCGCCGUGUUCAGGGGGAUGAUCGGCCACAGCAUGGUGAACAGCAAGAUCCUGCUGCUGCAGCGGCCAAAGGUGUGGUGGGAGCUGGAGGGCCCUCAGGUGCCGCUCCGACCCGACUGCUUGGCCAUCGUCAACAACUUUGCCUUCCUGCUGGGCGGAGAGGAGCUGGGGCCCGACGGCGAGUUUCACGCCUCCUCCAAGGUUUAUCGCUACGACCCGCGGCAGAACUCGUGGCUGCGCAUGGCGGACAUGUCUGUUCCCAGGUCAGAGUUCGCGGUGGGAGUCAUCGGGAAGUUCAUCUACGCCGUGGCGGGCCGAACCCGAGACGAGACCUUCUACUCCACGGAGCGCUAUGACAUCACGGAGGACCGCUGGGAGUUCGUGGAUCCGUAUCCCGUCAACAAGUACGGCCACGAGGGAACCGUCCUGAACGGGAAGCUCUACAUCACCGGCGGCAUCACGUCCUCCUCCACCUCCAAGCAGGUGUGUGUGUUCGACCCGGGCCGGGAGGCCGGCGGCGGCGGCAGCGGAGGCGGGUCGGGCGGGUCGGACUCCCACAGGACGCGCUCGGCCCGCGGCCCGCUGCUGCCCGGAACCCACGCCAGCUGCUGGGAGAACAAGUCCAAAAUGAACUACGCUCGCUGCUUCCACAAGAUGAUCUCCCACAACGGGAAGCUGUACGUGUUCGGCGGCGUGUGCGUGAUCCUGCGGGCCUCCUUCGAGUCGCAGGGCUGCCCGUCCACCGAGGUGUACGACCCGGAAACGGACGAGUGGACCAUCCUGGCCUCCAUGCCCAUCGGCCGCAGCGGCCACGGCGUGGCGGUGCUGGACCGGCAGAUCAUGGUGCUGGGCGGCCUGUGCUACAACGGCCACUACAGUGACUCCAUCCUCACCUUUGACCCGGACGAGAACAAGUGGAAGGAGGACGAGUAUCCCAGGAUGCCUUGCAAACUGGACGGCCUGCAGGUGUGCAGCCUGCACUUCCCAGAGUACGUGCUGGAGCACGUCCGGCGCUGCAGCUGAGGUCCGCUUCACGUUUUGUACCGACGGACUGUCCGCCUGGCGCCGCCGCGCGGGAACCAGGCGUCUCCGGGCGGGUCGACCCGGCGACCAGCGCUUACCGACAGGUGAGGCGCCGGGCGGCUCGGGCGUUUUCACAGUUACCCUUUCUCAGAAAAUUAAAGGAAAAAAUGAUGUCAGAAAACAAAAAGGUUUCAUUCACUUACGUUUGAACUGGAGCGACCAGAAACGCACUGGAAGCAUCAGAGCCCGGCUCUGGUUCUGGUUCUGGUUCUGGUUUCUCCUGAACACCUUUGACGCAUAGCUUAGCUGAAAUACUUUAAACCCAACUAAACGAAUCAGAUAUUCAACAUGACACUAUACUCGGUAGCGUAGAUGAACUCGGUGGUUUCGGACUCGUCUGGUUCCGGUUUGGCUUCCAGUGCGUUCCAGUUUUCAGUCCCAGUUUCCCACCGAGCCGCAAACACGUUCAUCCCACGCCGCGUCCCUCUGCUCCCCGCCGCCGCCGCCGCACCGAGAGGAAACCGCGGCGUUAGAUUUAGGAGCUGCGCUGCUGCCGUUUGGUUUCGUUUACAUUCCUGCACUUUAUCGGUUCUCAAUGUGAGUGUAAAUAGUUUCCUGCUCUGGAGGAGAGAAACUGACCCGGUUUGACCCAAAUCAGGGCUUUUUGGGGGCAUUUCAACAAAUCUGGACCUCAUUCAAGAACAUUUGGACGUUUAUUUUCCACCUGAUUGUUGAUGGGAAUAAAAACAUUUUAAUCUGGGGAUAGAAUCUGUGACAGCAGUAAUUAGUAGAGAUUAUCAUCCAUGUAUUACUGCAGCUACUUAAAUAUUGAUCAUGUGUUGAAACAUACAGAAGCUUGGAAAUAAAUUCAGGAGCUGACCUGAAUUUAUUUGCGUGUUAAAACGUUUCCAUAGUAACAAAACUUCUAUGUUAAAAGUUUUAUAAUCUGCUGUCUGCCAAAAACAUCAGCUGGUCUUAGUUGCUUUAUUUGUUUUGCAUUUGCUUUAUUAAAAUAUGCAAAAUUAAUACCGAAAACCAAAAUGUGCUUAAAAUAUCCAAACUGGCACCAGUAUUUAUAAUAUUGUAUUAAAUGUAAGUUAUAGAUAUCGGCACAAAAUUGGGGGUAAAAUUAGCUUUGGUUACGCUAGCUCCAGCUAACUUCAUAGCUAGAUUUAGUUUGAUUUUACAAAAAAACUAAAAAUUUUACUUGACUUCUUAUGUAACUAAAUAAACUAACUGAAAAAAUAAUUCCAGGUAAGUUUAACCUCAAUAUCUUCAGUUAUUUGAAACGAACAGGGAUCCAAAGUGCUAAAGUUAGCUUCAGGUCAUGAUGCCGCUACAGCUAUCGUAGCAGCUAGCUUUAAACUGUCUAGGUUAGUUUUUAGUUUAAUAACCACUUAAAAAU